UGUUCCUUUGACUGCACAUUUAUGCACUGCCAACAAGAGCACAGUAAUUCAAGGAGGAACGUCUUCAACCACUUUCUUCUCAAAAUGAGAGGACUGAUUCUGCUGCUUCUUGCAGUUUCGAUGGUUUUGGCAUCUUGUCCUGAUGGCCAUUUCCAGUGUAUUGAUUCUCAAGACUGUAUCUCUAAAGAGCGAGUGUGUGAUUUCCACAUUAACUGUACAGACGGGUCAGAUGAAGAGUUCUGUGGCUCCUGCAACUUUGAUGAACAUGCCUGUGGAUGGAUUGACUCAAGUAGGGAUGAGUUUAAAUGGCGGAGAGAGAUGGCAAACAUCAGUGCGAUUCCUGGUGUGGAUCACACCACAGGAUCAUCUUGGGGUGGAGUUAUGCAUGUAGAAGGUGAUGAUCCAAAUUUUAUUUCUGAAGCAAUCUUGGAGCACACACUUCUACAGGCCACUGAACUCGGAUGCAAGCUAAGCUUUUGGUAUCAUCUCCAUGAUGCUGUGAAUAUCUCUUCCCACUUCACCCUGAGUUUGACCUCUAACACAAAGACUGUAGAGUUAUGGUCUAUUAAAAAGGGCCAGACUAACGGUUGGGAAAAUGCUGGCUUGUUAAUCGGUAAUCGUGCUCUGGGCUCAAAGCUUGUAUUUUCUGUGGAUCCUACAUACAUUGGAGCUCAGGAUAUCAUGCUGGAUGACAUUUCACUGACAGACUGCGCAGAGGGAGACGUCCCUGCCGACUCAGACCAGCUCAGCUGUGACUUUGAGAAAGACACUUGUUCUUGGUAUCAUGACCUGUCGACUGAAAUCACAUGGAGGAGAGAAGAUGGACAGAAACCUUCCUUUGGUUAUGAUGGACCUACACAUGAUCACACCACUGGCUCUGGCUAUUUCGUAUACAUAGGAUCACUUCGGUCCUCCAAACCACCUCAAACAGCCAGACUGAUCAGCUUUCCACAGCAGGCCAAAUGUGUCAGCUUCUGGUAUCUAAUGUACGGUGGACGUAUUGGCUCUCUCAGAUUCAUCAUCAAGCAUGCUAAUGGAGAACAGACUCUUAUGUGGAUGAGGACAGGGAAUCAAGGCAACAAGUGGCGUUUUGUGGACCUCAGUUUUGCAGACAGCGAAGAACCAAUUCAGUUCAUGUUUGAGGGCAUCCUGGAAAACUCUGAAGGCUACAUCGCCAUAGAUGAUGUGCAGGUGUCAGGCAGUAUAAAUGGCUCCUGUCCAGCUGAGCGGGAGUGCACUUUCCAGGGCUCUCUGUGCGGCUUAUCAUCUGACCCUACAACUGAUUUUACUUGGAUCCGAACCAAAGGAGAGCUGUCCAUUGACACCCCCAGCCCUGCAACGGAUCACACUUUAGAGACUGAUAAAGGUUUUUACUUGAGUGCUCAGCUCUGGAAGAACCCCAGUGGCAGCAGAGGCAGAAUGAUGACAGAGGUCAAUCCACCGACAUCUGAACACGGAGAGUGUCUCAUGUUCUGGUACCAUAUGAAUGGGAAAGACGUGGGUUCUCUAAACAUCUACGUCCAGGAUGUGCAGAGUAGCAGAAUAUCGCAAAUGUCAGUGUGGAGUGUGAAUGGAGAUCAAGGGCAACAGUGGAGACAUGGCAGAGCAACAGUCAUAAGUCCCCACAGCCCAUAUAAGAUCAUAUUUGAAGCAGUGGUUGGAAAUGAGCGAGAACAUGAUAUCGCCAUUGAUGACCUAACAAUCCUAAAUGACCAUUGCCCACCUCAAGGGUAUUGUGAUUUUGAGAUGGACAUGUGUGGAUGGGUGAAUACUCGUGUCAAUGACUCCAGUGAUGACUGGAGCUGGAGCUCUGGAACAAGUGCUAGUUCAAAUGCUCCUAAGGUCGACCACACCACCAACACUGCAUUGGGGCACUACAUGGCCUUUGACAAAAAUUUGAAUGGAAAAACGUUUGCUCAUCUCGAGAGUGAGAUGAUGGAGCCUGAAUCUCAUGGAUGCUUGGAGUUCUGGUACCACAUGUAUAUGUGGAGCUCUGAUAAGAUCAAACUAGCAGUUUAUGUGAAUGAGUCUGGCUCUUUACACUGUCUGUGGAAUCGAACUGGCAAUCAGCAAAACAUGUGGCACAAUGCCACUGUAGACUACAAAUCAUCUGAACGACACCAGAUUGUGUUUGAAGCUGCGAGUCGAUAUUUAGACAUAGGAACCAUUGCUCUGGAUGACAUCUAUAUCAGAAGGAAUACACACUGCUCUGAUCUAACCCCAACAACACCCGCACCAACAACCGAGCCCACUGCUCCACCUGCAUCCUCAAUGGACUGCGACUUUCAGGAGGGAUUAUGUGACUGGGUCCAGGAGACAGAAGAUGAAUUCGACUGGACCCAUCAAAUGAGUGGACAUGUGAAAGAUCCAUGGCUAGGGCCUUUAUAUGACCACACUGUAAAAAAUGACAGGGGUUUUUAUCUAAUUGUAAAUAUGUCCGGAGAGCAUGAAACCAGCGAGUCAGCUGUCAUUUCAGCCCCGAUGGAAAUCCAGAGCUCUGAUGUCUGUGUUGGAUUCUGGUACUACAUGUUAGGACCAUCUGUUGGAAACUUCGAUCUGCUUAUUGAGACGAAAACAAUGGAAACUAUCAUAUGGACAAGAAAAGGCUCGCAGACAUCUGAGUGGCUGAAUGCACAAGUCUCCAUCAGUACUACUGAUGUUCAUCGAGUGAAGUUCUCUGGGAGCAGAGCAGCAGGAAACAGCGGCUUCGUAGCUAUUGAUGACUUCAGAGUGACUGCAGGAGCCUGUGUGGAAAACAGCCCAUGUGGAUUUGAGUCUCCUUCACUGUGUGGCUUUGAGCCCGAUGUGACCGUCAGCUCUGCCUGGCUUCAUGUUGAUGGUACUAGUGGCUAUAUUGACCAUACAUACAGGACUGAACUAGGUCAUUCAAUGGCUGUGUUUGGGGCCAAACUUGAAAAACCAGAGGUCUCAAACCUUUUGACACCAGAGUUUAGCCCAUCUGCAGAGUCCUGUGUGCAGUUCUGGUAUCGGCUGUCUGCAAGCUCGGCUGAUUCACUCUCAGUACAUGUUCUUCUGAAUGGAGAGCUGAGUCCAGCACUCUGGUCUCUUUCUGGAGUGGCUUCUGAUAGUUGGGAAGUGGCAGAGGUCACAGUAUCGUCUCCCUCCAAGUUUAGAGUGGCAUUCAGAGCAGAGCUCAGUCCAAACUCAAAGUCAUUUGUUCUUCUGGAUGAUGUCUCAGUUAAAACAGGAGCUUGUUCCCCAGCAGGAAGUUGUGAUUUUGAGUCAGGAAAGUGUACAUGGGUGAAUGUUGCUAAUGGACAUGACUGGAUUCAUGCAGACGGUCAUUUCAGAGGUCCUCUGAUUGAUUACACUACACGCAAUGCAGACGGCAAAUUUCUUUUGAGCCCAUCUCAGAGGUACAAGCAAGGCCACACGGGCAGAUCUGUGCUAAUCUCAGAAAGGAUCCAGUCGUCCCGUGACUCUUGUUUUGAAUUUUGGUGCUAUAUGAAUGGAAGUGACCCUGGGAUCCUCAAAGUGCUAUUAGAUUCAGGAUCAACAGAGCAAGAGCUGUUGUUUGAGACACGGGUCACUGGGAACGACUGGAAAAAUGUCUCCAUAACUGUGAAUGAGACCAGACCUUUUCAGAUUCAGAUAGAGGCUCAGACUGGCAGUGAAGGAUAUAUUUCCGUGGAUGACUUUAGAUUGACAAAUGGGCCUUGUAAAGACAUCGGCGUGGAAGGUGGAGUGUUUAUUGGGUGCGACUUUGAGACAGACAGCUGUGAAUGGACAGAUAUCAGUGUUGGGCAGUUUGUUUGGGAACGGGAUCAGAAUGGUACAACCACCGCCAACACUGGCCCAUCAGUGGACCACACUACUGGCACAGAACUGGGCUGGUACAUGGCAGUAGAAGCCAGUCAUGGUGACCAGAACAGCUAUGCAGCUCUACAGAGUCCAGCCAUGAAAGAGGCCAGCAAUGAGUGUCUGCUAGAAUUCUACUACCACAUGUUUGGAGAGGGCAUUGGGGAACUAAAAGUGUUCCUCCAAGAGGGCCCAAGAAGGACACCCUUAUGGUGGAUGUCUGGCGACCACGGGGAUGAAUGGCAUCGGGCAGAGUUAAGUGUGGGUCGUACACAUCAGGUUUUCACUCUCCUCUUUGAGGCUACCAGAACCUACAGUGAGCUUGGGGACAUCGCUAUAGAUGAUAUCACCUUCCUUAACUGCACUGUGCCAGAGCCUCAUGAACCCUGUCAAGAGGGCAUGUUCACAUGUUCCAACCAUGUGUGUGUGGAGCCAAACAGAGUAUGUGACUACAGCGAUGACUGUGGAGAUGGCACAGAUGAAAAGCACUGUGAUGUUAGGGGUUUUAAGCAUCGCUGCAGUUUUGAGCAUGGCAUGUGCUCAUGGGAUAAGAGUGACUUGGAAACUGGCUGGGUUUUGCAGAAGGGAGAAGAGGCCUGGCCUAAGCAUGGACCACCAAGAGAUCACACACGCAACAUUGCAGCAGGUCAUUACAUUACUCCAGCACAUGAUCUGACAGCGGAGAUCACUUCCACCACCCUGCUGCCCAGCUCUGAGUGCACCGUGAGGUUCUACCAUUAUUCUCAUGGUGACAGCACUGCUGCCAGGCUAAUCGUCACACUGAGGACACUUCUUAAUGGAGAUGAUGAUGUUAUAAUUUGGAACAAGACUCUGACACAGAGCUUCCUCUGGCACAGAGCAGAAGUCACCUUUUCUACCUCAGUUAAGAGCAAGAUUGUUUUCCGCUAUGUGGGAAACGGUGAAGCUCAUACAUUGCAGACAGCAGUAGAUGAUAUUUCCUUCUCUGUGACGUGUUCUCACGAUCCUGACAACAGUGAACUGCCAGUCACACCUGAGCCAACAAUGACACCAGCUACAGCAACAACCCCAAAGACUGAAGCUCCCUCAACCACACCAACACUCAACCCUUGCAAGGAGAAUGAGUUUCACUGCUGGCAGUCAGAUGGUGUAACAUGCAUUGCAAGUACUGCCCAGUGCAAUUAUGUACCAGACUGUCCUUUAGGGGAAGAUGAAGAAACCUGUGGUCCCUGCAAUUUUGAGAACGGGCAGUGCCAAUGGCAUGAUAUAAGUGUCAGUCCCAAUAAGUGGGAACGGGUGAAGGCCCCAGACAACCCAGAUCUGCCUAAUGACCACACCACUAAAACAGGGCACUACAUGCAGACAAAUAUCAUUGAUCCAUCUAAGAAUGAAGCUGUGUUUCAGAGCCCAUCACUACCUGUCAGCUCUGCAUACUGUCAGCUUCUCUUUCACUUCCACAUGGGUACAGGAUGUGCUGGCAAUCUCAGUGUGAUCCUUCAGAAAGGAGAGGAUGACAGGAAACUGCUCUGGUCACGAUCCAGCAGCACUUCUUCUCAGUGGGUCCCAGAACAUUUACCAGUGGGCAAACAAGACCAGCCUUACAGGAUCAUUUUUAGCAGCCAGAUCUCAAUCGGACAAGAUGAUACCCAGUGUUCACCUCGGACCACUGCUCUGGAUGACAUCUCCUUUCACAACUGUGAGAAGGACCACCAGCCUCCAGACUUCUCCUUGGCCACGUGCUCAUUUGAGAAGGACUUAUGUGGGUGGAUCCAGGGAGCUGCAGAGGAAUUAGACUGGGAGAGAUGGAGUGGACCUACAGGGACCCCAAAUACAGGUCCUUCAGGGGAUCACACCAGUGGAGAAGGGUAUUAUUUGUACAUAAAGAGCUCAAGUCAUGACGAAACAGGAGCUUCAGCUCAUCUGAAGUCUCCACUGUCGCCCCCCACUGGACCUGAUGGGUAUUGCUUUACAUUCUGGUUUCACAUGUUUGGAACAACAGUGGGAUCAUUAAGAAUGUCUGUAUUUGACAUUUCAUCUAACCACGUCACAUCAAUGUGGCAGAGAAAAGGAUCUCAGGGGAGUGAGUGGCAGAUGGCUCAGAGUCAUGUGAAAGUGGCACAGGUUCAUCAGAUAUUAAUUGAGGCUUCAGUCGGAGGACUGUCUGGACACAUUGCUAUAGAUGAUUUAUCCAUCACUGAAGGUGCCUGUGCUCCCACAGAGGGCUUUUGCAACUUUGAAGAAGGAGACUGUGGUUGGACACAACAGGCUGAGGAUGACCUGGACUGGAUCCGAGUAUCAGGAAAUGACGUCAAGUCUAAAUCUAGACCUGGUUUUGACCAUACAACUAACACAGCAAGUGGAUACUAUUUUUACAUGGAAAGCACACCUGGUCAAUUGAAAGGAAGUAGUGCUUUAAUGACAUCCCCUGUGCUUCAAACAGGGGAUGCCAAGUGCCUCCAGCUGUGGUAUUACAUGGAGGGAGAGGGCACCGGGACCCUAAAUGUGUAUCAAGAGUUCUCAGACAAAGAUCGGCCCCUGCUGGUGACGCAGUCUGGGGAACAAGGUGAACUAUGGAGGUUUGCUCAGAGCCCUCUGACUUUCUCUGGGUCAAACUACAGGAUCGUGGUGGAGGGCAUUACAGGCCAGACUGAACAGGGAGUCAUAGCACUCGAUGAUAUUCAGAUUUCAAACUAUCCCUGCACUCCUUCGGGACAGUGUGACUUUGAGGCAAACUUCUGCAGCUGGAUGAAUGUGUUGGAGGUGGAUGACGGAGACUGGCUCAGAGCUCAGGCAGGCACUGGAAAUCACACACGGCCCAGUGUGGAUCACACCACAAACACUUCCACAGGCUACUAUCUUUUUAUGGACAGUUCUGUGGGCAAAUGGGGAGAUACGGCCAUGAUCCUGAGUGAGACAUUCAGCCCUGAUAGCAGAGGGCAUUGUUUCACAUUCUGGUAUCAUAUGUCUGGACAGAAAGUUGGGACACUGAAUGUAUACACCAACAACAGGACCACCCAUAGGAGUGGGCAGAAGUUUGGCCAGAUAGUGUGGGUGGAGACAGGUGAUCAGGGUGAUGUCUGGAGGAGAGCCAACAUCUAUGUGGCACACAGAGAGCAUUUCUGGUUUAUUUUUGAAUUUCUGAAAGGAGAAGGUGCUAAAGGAAGUAUAGCUCUCGAUGAUAUCAACAUAGUUCCUGGACCUUGUGACUCAGAUCCCACUUCUCCACCUCCACACCACAGUGACACUAUAGGUAUUGGUGUUGGAGUGGGAGUGACACUUCUGGUAAUAUUUAUUGUUGGCGCUGUCCUUAUCGCGAGGAAUAAAAACAGAAAAAGGGUAACUAUACUGGAAAAUGAUGAGCUUGAUAGAAACUUUUCUUAUAGCGGCUUUGACUGCAAUAUGAGCGGUUUAACGCCCACAGCAGAAAGCAGCGAUUUCAGUGACUUGAGGACAAUUUCACUUUCAGUAGAUGGAAAUGAUGCGUCCUUCAUAUAAGAUUAUUCAUUAUGUGCUGAAAAACUGCAGCUCUCAAUCCAAAUUCAGUUAUUCCCACAACUGUAGCUAUAUGACUCAAUGAAUCAUUGGUAAACACAGCACAAACGUGAUACCGUCUACCGUAAAUAUAAUUCAAUGGCUCAUUGGUAAUAAUUGUGUUCUUCUUACUCUCUAAAAUAUUUAGAGUACGUACAGUAUAAUACUAUACAUGUUAUUAUUAUUUAUUAGUAUUAUUUUAGGUCUACUUGACAGGGACAAUGCAUAUUAAUGAUGCAGCAAUGUACAAUGUGCCAGAAUUAGCCAAAAGGCUAUUUUCAUCUGCAGUUGAGUUGUAGAAAUUAAUUUUAGAAAUUGUAGAAAUUAAUUAUUAGGAUGAAUAAAUGCUGUACAGUAGAUAAAUUGGUCAUAGUUUAUUAACUAAUGUUAAAUAAUGCUAAAUAAAGUUUCAGUUCUUAAUUUGUCAACAUAUUUCUACAAAAAGAUCAGGCAGACUGAGCUGACGGAAUAGUUUCCUUUGUUCUAUAAAAGCAAAUGGUUUUGUUGUAGUUGUGAGUAUCCACAAAUAAAAAACCUCUUUACAGUUUUGAA